AUGUCACAAGUAAUAUGGAAUGCCGAUAUAGAUGUAUAUAACCCGCAAGUGAUUCCAUUACUGGUGGCACGAAGUAUCGCCAAGUGCUUGGAUAUUCAAGACCUAAUUGCCUUUUCCCAAGUUUCUAAAAAUACUUAUAAAGCUGUCAAAGAUCCACAUCUAUGGAUAAGCAAAUUGAAGUUGAUGUCAGUAUGGGAUACAGCAUUCAUACCUGAAAAGGGACUGCCUUUCAAUGCCAAGCAGUUCUUGUCCGAAAAUUUCCACAAUCUGUUGACAUGUUUCGAUACUAUUGCAAAGUCUCCAAAGCUAGCUCAAAUGCAAGUGAUAUUGAUUCACAAGUGCUUACAGUCAUACUACAUCGACUUACGAUCAAAUAAACCAUACGAAAAAUUGAAAAUCUUCAAGGAUUUCACAACUCCUAUAGAGCAAGCUAAAAUAUUCCAAAACUUACUUAAUUUUAAUAACAUUGACCUUGAUAAUGAAUCUCAUGAACUAAUCAGAGAUAAAAUCAUGUCCAUACUUGAAAUGUUUGAAAAUGCCCUAUUAAGGGAAUUGGAAAUUCAUUUCGAUAUAGAAGAUUACUCCAAGACUAAGGAGUUUGUAUCCAUAUUGUUGCUGCUAGGAAAUGAACAAACUGUCAUAGAUUUCUUCUUGCAGAAGACCAUAUUCGAUAAUGAACAAGAGUCUGAAGUUUUCAAUGUGCAGCUAUUCGACCAUGAAUCAUUUUUCCAUGACGAUACUGCUGAUGAUGGCACUACCGUCAUAUGGAAAUUGAACUUGCAAGCCUUUGAGAAUUUCACCUUAGAUUUGGCGAAGACUUUCAACAAUGAAGCAGCGAUAAUAGAUUUGGUGUUCCCCGAGGACACUCCCAUGAUGUAUAAAGUUAGUGAAGAAUUGAUCUCCAAUCAGCUAAUGGAGCUAAUAAUGAUUUUAAUUUCCACUUCAAAGAAAAAGGGCUGUUACUUAAUACUAGUGCCGACUUUGUAUAACUAUCUUAUUAAUAAUUUUGUACUGAAAUUGAAACCUUCAAGUAACGUUGGCGAAUCGUAUUUACAACUUGUCAGAGAACUCAUCGACAUGCUGUACGAAUCAUUUGCAGUGGAAUAUGUCAGGGAAGAAGGUCAAACGUUUAAACUGUUCACCACUUCAGUUAUCCAACGUUGGCAAAAUUCAAUCAAUGAAAGAGAACAGCAGACGGUGCAAAACAUUUUAAAAAAUGUUAGAGUAGAGAAUAAGAAUGACUUUUUAUCUUCCUUCAAAAAAGUUUUCACCAUAGGAGUGGGGAACACUUCUGGUUCAAAUACCGGUGAUGAAUCUGGUAAUAACGGAGAAGAGGAUGAAAAUUAUUCAGAAAUUGUUGCCAAAACGAAGAUUCUUGCUGAGAAUAUUAAAUCUUUAAACAAAAUCUUCUCUAUUGAAACGUCAAUGGAAAUCCUCAACGAAGCAAAAAUAUGUCUUCACAGGCUAUCGUCAUUCAAAGAAUUCUCCAUAGCCGGAAUUAGAGCUGAAAUUUAUAGUGGAAUGCAAGACAUCUUCAUAAGUUUAAUUGAAUCUGUUGGUAACGAACAUGUUAAAUUAGGAUUUGAAAAGGCACUUGAAUACUUGAAUACUUAUAAACCAAGGGACUUGAGGGAUAUAGCCACUGCAGAAGCUGCUGUGGGAACAACUUCAGUGGCGGGUUCCAAUUCAGAAAGUGCAUUGACUGACCAAGAUCCGCUUGUUUUAUUUUCAGAGUUAAUCAACAUGGCAGAUCUUAUUAUUCAAAUGAUUGAUAUAUUCUACAAGGAAGAAUUUAUUAAUACCAACAUAGUGAAAAUCGAAAACUCCAUCUUGAAUCCUUCCCUACAACACAAGAAAAAAUUCGAAGGUAUAGUAGAUACCUAUGUUGCAGAUGGACUAAAUAUUGGAAUUGACUUACUCAUGGAUCAAGUGGAGAAUAUUUUCAAUGUGUAUUUGCUGGAUGAAGAUUACAAUCCUAGUUCAUCUUCCACUGUGGUGAUUGGCCCCACGGAUGCUGCACAGAGGGUGAUAAGGGUCUUGGAUGAAAAUAUCGACCUCCUUGUUGGUUGUACGGACAAAUCCAUCGUUGAAGUGUUCCAAAAGGAAAUCAGUGAAAGAUUCUUCCAACUUAUUGUUAAAACCUUAAAAAAGAGUACUAUAUCAGUGAACGGUGCUAUGAAUCUCAUAUCUGACCUAAACUUGUACCAUGACUUCAUUGUUGAACAUAUCAGAUCAAACAAAAAGUUGGUUAUCCCAUUGUACCAAGCCUUGAAAAAAGUUGGGUCAAUCUACCUUAUAAGUGGCCAAGAUUCGAAGGCCAUCGGGAAGUUGGUAAGUGAUUUAUCCAAAUUCAAUGGAAUCUUUGGUCAAGAAGAAAUUUACGAAUUCGUUCAAAGAAGGCAAGAUUGGUUGUUGAUUAAGAGACACGUUGAAAAGGUCAUUUAUGGCCUUAGUCUCGUGGACUGCUCAAUUGUAUAG